UCUGCUGGGGGCCGGGCCUGCCAUCGGGGCCGUAGUACCGGGUCGGACGGGGUCGUUAACCCGCCAGCGGAGCGACAGCCACGUAGAUGUGUCUGUUUCCUUGCUGCGGGCCCGGCUCGCCAGGGUAGGGUGUUUAUUUCCUAGGACGGCUGCUGUGCGUCUAGAACAAAAUCAUUUAGGAAUUCACGUCAAACUCUUGUGAAUUCCUUGACCAAGACAAUUUCGGAACGCCUGCUGUGUGUCGGGCACCGGGAGCUAAUAGUAAAGCAGCGGAUCCGUAGUUGGAAGCUGUGGGCGAGUGAGGGCUAGGAAAGGACUAAUGGGCACCUUGAGUAGCGGGCGUGUAACACAGAGGGAACUGGGAGGGUGGGAGUGGCUUUAAACUGAGGCGGGAGGGGAUGACUAGACGUUUGCCAUGGGCGAGAGUGUUCCGGUCACAGGCGACAGUCUAGGAGGCCUCCAAGGGGGGGAGAGAGCUGAUGGGAAGGUCAGGAAAAGGCCCCGGGAGGGACUAGUGGGUACUAGAUCAUGGAGGGGACCUCGUGAGCCCCUUGACUCUCUCUCGAGUGCAGUAGUUUCACCGCCGUCUGCCUGUUUUCCAUAGUGACUUAACAGCUUGCGCUUCUCCCUGAUCAACUCCAGAUUGAUGUCAUCGAGGAGUGAUACUUAACUCUGCCAUCUGCGUUUUGAGCACUGUUCUCAUAAUGGAGUUUCCUGAUUUGGGGAAGCAUUGUUCGGAAAAAACUUGCAAGCAGCUAGAUUUUCUUCCAGUAAAAUGUGAUGCAUGUAAGCAAGAUUUCUGUAAAGAUCAUUUUGCAUACGCUGCACAUAAGUGUCCGUUUGCAUUCCAGAAGGAUGUUCACGUCCCGGUAUGCCCACUCUGUAAUACCCCCAUCCCAGUAACAAAGGGCCAGAUACCAGACGUGGUAGUUGGCGAUCACAUUGACAGAGACUGUCACUCUCACCCUGGGAAGAAGAAAGAGAAGUUCUCCCUCCUGUGGCUGUGCCCUGGGAUCCUCAGCCUCUGGAGGUCUCUUAAGCCUCUGAGACAUCACAGCUCUCUGGUGCACCCACUUCUCCCAUAUAACACAGCUUCCCUUGCUGGGGGCUCACCCAGCACUGCCCCAAGGCCCCCACACAGAUUUUUACAUACCGUUGCUCAAAAGAGGGCUGCAAGAAGAAAGAGAUGCUGCAGAUGACAUGUGCCCAGUGUCACGGCAACUUCUGUAUCCAGCACAGACACCCUUUGGACCACAGCUGCAGACACGGGAGUCGCCCCACCAUCAAAGCCGGGUGAGAAGAGACUCGGCUGCGAUGGCUCGGAACACGCGGUAGCAUAGCAUGCGUGGAAGCAGCUUACACUCUAGUGGGAAGUGGAGCCCCACUGAGCACCAUCCCACACUGGCUGCUGAUCUUGUUGAGGGAAAUGGGACUAUAAUAAAAUUGAAUGCUGAAGUUGA